CUCUUUGUUCCAUAUGAGGCUAUGUUAUUCCUGUUCUGUAGAGUUCCUCAUAUCGCUUUCUAAGGCUUCCUCCCCAAAUUACGACCGAUGAUCACAAUGCCAAUAAGAUGAAGGAAGUAUGAUCGUCGGGCUGCACUAUAUAUUCUUCACUGAUUCGUAUCAGGAUAGCAAUUUCAAGGGUUCUGUAAUCAACAUGUCGUCGGUAGGAAUCGACUUACCUGUACCCAGGAAAGUGAUGCGCGAAGCCAUCGAAGCAGGAAUCCUGGUAGUGACCUCUGCUGGCAAUGAGGGCAAAGAUGGUGGGAGCAAACCCUGUGGCUACCUAGACGUCAUCUACAACUGGCACGCUGGCGUGCUGAUAGACAGUCCGGACAACCACACAAAGCCCAACAUCCUUUUUCAUACUGCCAUGGACCACCUAGAUAGCGAUCCUAGAUUUCCAUACGCUGACUCUGAACCUAACGCGGCUAUUGCUGGAUUGGAAAGCGAGAUAGAUGGCCCAAGGCUUUCCCCGAUUAGAGCACCUGAAGACGCGCCUACCGAGACCGGGCCUGGCGAUCCUAAGUUUGAGUUUCCUGUAUUUAUGUUCUCGCCUCAAGUCGCAGCGCUCGAGGCGGUCUGA